UGCGCUUUGCACCCAACAAUAGGGGAUCGCGGAGCAGAGCCCGGGUAGGAGAGACGAGAAUGGGACCGCGGGAGCUCUGCUUGGCUCUGCUGGCGCUGGGGGCGCUGGCGGGCAGAGUCCAGGGGGCCAAUGUCUGUACCAACCGGGGGGUGAGUUCCUGCCAGCAGUGCCUUGCAGUGAGCCCUCUCUGUGCCUGGUGCUCAGACGAGGACCUGGCUCCAGGCUCUUCCCGCUGUGACCUCAAAGAGAACCUGCUGAAAGGAGGAUGUGCACUUGAAUUCGUUGAAUUUCCGGUCAGUCAAAUCAACAUCCUGGAAGCUAGACCUCUCAGUAAUACUGGUUCUGGAGAUACUUCCAAGAUCACCCAAGUCAGCCCCCAGAAGAUUGAGCUUCGACUGAGGCCAGAUGAUUCUCAGACCUUCUCGGUGGAAGUGCGGCAAGUGGAAGAUUACCCAGUAGACAUCUACUAUUUGAUGGAUCUGUCCAACUCCAUGCGGGAUGACCUGCAAAAAAUUCAGUCUCUGGGGACUAAGCUGGCCUCUGAGAUGCGCAAGCUUACCAGUAACCUACGCAUAGGCUUUGGGGCCUUUGUGGACAAGCCCAUGUCCCCAUACAUGUACAUCUCUCCUCCAGAGGCCCUCAAAAACCCUUGUUUUGAAAUGAAGACAACCUGCUUACCCAUGUUUGGCUACAAGCAUGUGUUGACUUUGACGGAUCAGGUGAUGCGCUUCAAUGAGGAAGUGCGAAAGCAGAAUGUGUCAAGGAAUCGGGAUGCUCCAGAAGGUGGAUUUGAUGCCAUAAUCCAAGCUACGGUCUGUGAUGAAAAGAUUGGCUGGAGGAAUGAUGCAUCCCAUUUGCUGGUGUUCACCACUGAUGCCAAAACCCACAUUGCUCUGGAUGGGAGGCUAUCAGGAAUCGUUCAGCCCAACGAUGGGGAAUGCCACAUUGGCAGUGACAAUCACUACUCUGCCUCCACCACUAUGGACUAUCCAUCUCUGGCGCUGAUGACUGAGAAGCUGUCUCAGAAGAACAUCAACUUAAUCUUUGCAGUGACUCGAAAUGUGGUCAGCCUCUAUCAGAAUUAUAGUGAACUCAUUCCAGGGACCACGGUGGGUAUGCUGUCUGCAGAUUCCAGCAACGUCCUUCAGCUCAUCGUCGAUGCCUAUGGGAAAAUCCGUUCUAAAGUGGAGCUGGAAGUCCGUGACCUCCCCGAGGAGCUGUCCUUGUCCUUCAAUGCCACCUGCCUCAAUAACGAGGUCAUCCCAGGCCUCAAGUCCUGCGUUGGCCUCAAGAUUGGAGAUACAGUGAGCUUCAGCAUUGAGGCCAAAGUGCGUGGCUGUCCCCAGGAAAAGAAGAAAGCCUUUACCAUUAAGCCUGUGGGGUUCAAGGACAGCCUCACCAUCUUUGUCACUUUUGACUGUGAUUGUGCCUGUCAAGCCCAGGCUGAACCGCAAAGCAACCGCUGCAAUCAGGGAAAUGGGACAUUUGAGUGUGGGGUGUGCCGCUGUGGCCCUGGAUGGCUGGGCGCCCAGUGCGAGUGCUCUGAGGAGGAUUACCACCCCUCCCAGCAGGACGAGUGCAGUCCUCAGGAGGGCCAGCCUGCCUGCAGCCAGCGCGGGGAGUGCCUGUGUGGCCAGUGUGUCUGCCAUAGUAGCGAUUUUGGCAAGGUCACUGGCAAAUAUUGUGAGUGUGAUGACUUCUCCUGUGUCCGUUACAAAGGCGAAAUGUGCUCAGGCCAUGGUCAGUGCAGCUGUGGGGACUGCCUCUGUGACUCUGACUGGACCGGUGACUACUGUAACUGCACCACCCGCAAAGACAUGUGUAUGUCAAGCAAUGGGCUGCUGUGCAGCGGCCGAGGUAAAUGUGUCUGUGGCACUUGUGUCUGCACCCAGCCCGGCUCUUACGGGGACACCUGUGAGAAGUGUCCCACCUGCCCUGAUGCCUGCACUUUUAAGAAAGACUGCGUGGAGUGCCAGAAGUUCAGUCGGGGAGUGUACGAGGAGAGUACUUGCAGCCGCUUCUGUCGGGAUGAAAUUGUGCCUGUGACAGAACUUGUGGACAUCGGCAAGGAUGCAGUGAACUGUACCUAUAAGGAUGAGGAUGACUGUGUAGUCAGAUUCCAGUACUAUGAAGACUCCAGUGGGAAGUCCAUUCUCUAUGUGGUGGAUGAACCAGAUUGUCCCAAAGGCCCUGAUAUCCUGGUGGUCCUGCUCUCGGUGAUGGGAGCCAUAUUACUCAUUGGCCUGGCCACACUGCUCAUCUGGAAGCUUCUAAUCACCAUCCAUGACCGAAGGGAAUUUGCCAAGUUUGAAGAGGAGAGAGCCAGAGCCAAGUGGGACACAGCCAACAACCCACUGUAUAAAGAAGCAACAUCCACCUUCACCAAUAUCGCCUACCGUGGGAACUCAUAAUGAUACCCUUGCCAUCAGCAGAGCCAAGGAUUGUGGGUGUUUCCUACACCAUGUUUACGGAGGAUUGUAUGGAUGUUGUAGGAUCCAGCAACAGUGAAGAGGGGUGGGGGGAAUAUGAACAUGUAUGUGAGAGAUGUGUGUGUCUCCCUCUGGACAUGUCCUUGUAUAUUUGAGGGUGUGUGUGUGUGUGUGUGUGAAUGUGUGUGUAAUUUAACAUUUCUGAGGGAAAUACCUCAACCAGCUUUUUUUUUUUUUUGGCAGGGGGAGCACUUACUUCAGGGAUCCUUUUUUUUUUUUCAUUUAGCUCUCCCUAGCAGAGCAUUUGGGCCUCAUUACCUCAGUGAGAAACCAUCUCACCUCAUAUGAGCCAGACUCCCUGACAAGAAAGGCAGGAAUGUGGCUAAGUCUGGGGUUGGAGAGGGGAGAAGGAUAAAGCAGGCCACAAGUCCUGGCUCUACCAUCAUAAAUAGUCUAUGGCUCCUGGAACUGUCACCUGGGAACUUUGGUAGAAAUUGUUGGACUUUAUUCCCUGUCACCUCAGUGUAUGUUUGCAUGUGGCAACAUGGCCCCAUUUCCAUUCCUCUCUUCUCAGGUUGGAUGAAGGAGAAACCAGGGAGCAGAGCUACAUUGGGUUUUGUUUCUCUGGGAUAACUCUGCAGGGCUGUCUGGUGUGCUUAGCUAAUGGGGGCAACAGACUAUGCCCGUUGUUCUCUCUCUCUCCACCAUUUCCUGGAAGCAGAUCCUGGUUCUUCAGCUUACAUGGAAGCUAAGGUGGCUGUGGUGGCUGAGCUAUAUUGGUUGGAAAAAAAAUUCUGAGCUGAUUUAGGGUGCCCAGGUGUAUCACAAGGUCCUCUCAAAAUCUACUUAACUAAGGCCAACCUCCCUAUCCUAGUACCAUUUCAUCUACUUCCAAUUAUAACUGCUAUGGAAAAGUUGGCUUGCUCCAGAGGUUGAACCCAUAGAUGGCUCUAUUUGUCCUUGCUAUUUUUAGGGUGAGCAAAAACAAUUCCUCUUUCAGGAAAGUGAUGGGGUGAGAGCCAGAAGACUGGGAAUUGACACUUCUAGUGUUCUGUUCAUUCUCUGUGGCCCCACUCUGUUUCUCUGUGAACUGUACCCACACAUCAGGUCUAAUCACAUUGAUCUCAUCUCAUGGAGGUAUUAUGAGGGACCAUACCAAUGAGCCUCUAAAGCUGAUAAGCAAGAGGUACAGGAGUAGAAUGAUGAAACUAAGAAGACUCAUAAUGGAAGGGGCAGGAGAUUUGGUGUCAGGGCCUAGGUUUGAAUCCUAGCUCUACCACUUUUGGCCUGCGUGAUCUUGGGCAGGUCGUUUCAACUUUGUGCUUCAUGAAGUUUCCUCAUUUUACAAAUUAGGGGGUUGGACUGGAUGACCUCUAAGGUCCCUUUCAGCUCUAAAUCGAUAUGCCCAUUAACCUGUAUGGUCAUUUUUUUGUGUGGCCUGAGCACCCCCAUUUUAACUAAGUGACUCACCCAAGAGGCCACAAAUAUGUAUCCUUGUCUCUUUCCCUUCCAGAAUACCCAGAGCCUAGAGAAAACACCUGUAACUUAAAGGGAGUUUUUAUGGUUUGCUUUUGUUUUUGUAUUUCUAAUUCUACUUAGAGAGUAGAAAUAAGAGAUGAAACACCCACAUUGUAUUCUGAGCUGGUCUGUUUUUCUUGAAGUAUUUUGCACCAGUCAGACUGAGCCUGGAGAACUGUGUUGAGUGCUGGUCAACAUCUUAAGAAAAGUAUUGACAAAUUGUAGUCUAUCUGGAGGAGAGUGAGCAGGGUGGUGAAGCGCCAAUACAA